AUACUCAAGUUCUGUCUUUUAGAUUGGAUUGGGUUGGGUUUCUUCCAGCCACGAACAAGUAAACUUGUAUGUAAAAGAGACUAAUGAAUGAUUAACCAAACGAAUAUCGUGUUAAGUAAAAAAUUAACAUAACUUUUGACAACGCAUUAAUGACUAAAAAGAACGUGCAACUAAGUUAGCACAGAAUACUGAUUUAUUUUUUGGUUGCUUUAUACUUACUCGAAUUUAAAAACUGUUCUGGUCGCAGUUCAAUUUGACAAUUUGAGUUGGUUUGCUCAGAAUGGACAGUAGCCAGACUACUUCAUCUGGUUCACACAACAGAAAAGGCCAAAUGACGAACAUAAAUGGCACUGAAAGGAGGAUAGAAACAUCAAAAGAACCAACCACUCCGGUCAAAUUGUCACCAUCCAGUUCAGUGUUGACAGAAGAACAGUUGGCCCACACGAGAAGGGUGUUCCAUUUCCUGGACAUGGACAAGAACGGGGAGAUUGACGGGGCUGAUCUGCAGCUGAGCAGCUCCCUCCUCGGUCACAAGCUGUGGGACAGUGAGAUUGAGUGCAUGCUCACGGAGUGCACUCUCGAUCAACCACCCUCACCUAGUGCACGCUCUCAUCGCACAUCAACAUCAUCAGCAACAACACCGACAGCAGUCAAUUUAGACCAGUUCACUUCUUCUGUGGGAUGUAAAGUACACCAGCUGGACUCUAGAGAAGUGUUGGAAGCUGCAUUCCAAAACGCAAUUUCACAGAAUUCUCUCAAUGAUCAACUGAGUGUGGCGUUUGUGAAGCGACUAUUGUGUGAGAGUGCUCCCCCCGAGAGCAGACUGAGUGAGGGGGAGUGGGGGCAGAUGGUGAGACACAUUCCAGAGUGCAUAGACACAUCACACCACACUGGACACUUCAGCCCACACAGUCUGAUAGAGACACUCACGAAACACAUGUGAAAUGAGCAGGCAAUAAUCAAUAAAUAAACAAUUGGAGAGACUCAAUCACAAACUCAAAUCCCAACCAAUCUGCAAUGCCAUAUGCCAUUUAUACAAUUUUUUUUAUUAAGAUUAGCUGUAAUAAAACAGUUGUAUCGAAAUAUUUAGGUAAUUUCUA